AUGAGGGCGGGGCACGGGGGAGGGGAAGGGCCAAUCAGUGAGGCGGAAAGCGAGGAGAUUGGCCAAUCAAAGUGGAGGUUUAAAGGGCGCGGGCCAAUCGGACCCCGGAGCGGGCGCGCCGCGAUCGAGCCGCAAGGGGAGGGGGAAUUCGAACCAGACCACGCCCCUUUCGCUAGGCCACGCCUUCUCGGCGCGCGCGACGAGCGGGAGCCGGGGGCGGUGAGGUGGCCCCGGUGCCCUGAGGCGAUGGCCGAGGACCGAGAUGUUCGAUUUGUCACCGAGGAGAGCUUCGACUUUGGUGUGCUGUCCCCGUCUGACAGCCAGGAGGAAGAGGAGGAUGAGGAUAGCCCAGGCGUGGGGUGCCGGCAUGGGGGUGGCAACGGGCGCUGGAGUCCCCUGAGUGGGGCCCGUCUGGAAGAGAUGGUGCGGGAGGCCACGCGCCUGGCAGCACAGUUGGAGGGGUGUCACCUGCCCGCUCCCAGAGACCCCUCGGGACCCACCGCCACACCCCCCAGCACACCCCGCAGCCCCCGCCGCCAGACCUUCGUGGUGAAGGACAGCCCGGUGCGGGCGCUCCUGCCCACCGUGGAGUCUCGGGGACCUGCCCCCGUCCCCCGCCUCCCCACCAAGCCCCGGGGGGUCUCUGCUGCCACCAGUGUCCCCAAGGCACCCCCCAGCCGUAAUUCCACAGCAGCAGCAAAGGGACCCUCGGGUGGCAGGGGGCUCCCCCCCAGCCGCGUCGGCCCCCCCCGGCCAUGCCCUCCUCAGGGGCAGGGGGCUGGUGCCCAGGGCAGGUCAGAGCCCCACCGGGGGGGGACAGCAGGUAGUGAUGGCAAGGGGAUGGGGACACCAUGGCCACGGGGGUUGCUGGGCCAUACUGCAACGCCCCCUCUCUCCCCAGGCCAGGCUAAGGUGAGGGGGGGCACAGUCCCCUGCCCCCCCUCCACCCGCCAGCCCCACACCAGGACCACCACCACCACUGUCCCCUCCGGUUGUUCCCCGGCAUCCACUGUCCUCCCCAGGGUGUCCCCUCGGACUCCAGCAGCAGGUGGGAGGGCCCCCACCCCCAGAGGCACAGGCGCAGCACGGGCAGCCCCCACAACUGGUGCCUCGGGGUGCAAACCAGGACCCCCACCUGCACGCCUGCGGCCCCCCCGCAAGACAGCGGUGAACAGCACCCCGAGGUGACACCCCCAAACCACCCCACACCCACCCAGAGGCCCUGGGGGCACCCAGACCCCCCCCCUAGGUAUCAGCCAAGGUACCUAGGCUGGGGUGGGCAGAGCCAAGGCCACCCCAGGGAUGAGCUGAGGCAUCCACUGGGUUUUGGAAGGAGGCAGGCAGCACCAGGGGCCCCCAGGAAACAGCUAAGGCACCUGUGGGGUUGACAGGUUGCAAGGCAGAGUUGGAACCCCCAGGGACCAGCUGAGGUUGGGGUGGCAGAGUCAGGGGCCUCCCCCAGGGAUGAGCCAAGACAUUCAUUGAGUUUUGCUUUAAUUACAAAAGGUCCCAUCAGCAGUAGGAAACCUCCCAUGUCCCCCAGCACCCAGGGGUCUCUCAUCCCCCCAACACCCAUGCCUGGGUUCCCCCACCUGAGCCUCACCCCUGAGCAGGGGGGAUCCCAGACAUCCCUGUAACCCGUAGCUGAUCCCCCUUCCACAUGCCCCCCACCUGGGGGAGUUGGCACCAUGGGACGGGUUGCACCUUCGUGGGGGUUGGCACAGUGGGCAAAGUUGGUUAUAAAUUCCUUUUUUUGUA